AUGCAACUUGUGAUUCAGUCCACGCAACCCCCUCCCGAAGGUGAUCCUAAUGGUUCAUACGUGCACAUCUUCAAGCACAUCUACUUGCACCGUAACAAGUUGGCGGCCUCCGAGUGCGUGAACAUGUGUCGUGGGAAUCCUCUUCGUUUCGAUUGGGGCUCCCAUACCAGGCUCGCCUUAUCGGGACUUAAUUACAUGUUAGACCAAAUGGGAGGUAAACAGCUUCGCUUUUGGCUCCUGAAGCCCAAGUUUGAAAAGAAGAUCACCAUCGAUCAGCAAGCACGUGACGAUGGAUACAGAUUCAUCCGUGACUUCGGCCCCAAAAGCAACAACAAGAACCAAUUCAUGGAAUGGACCGACGAGUACAUUAACACACCGGGUAGCAAAAUCGAAGGGUGGACGGAGGGAAAGGUCAAGGAGAACGCAAAAACGCUCGAAUAUUGGCCGUUCACAUUGAAAUCCUUCGCCCCAUGGUUCUUCGACCGCAUCCUCACUCGCAUGCUACCAACCAUGCGCCAGCACUCCAUCACCUGGAUUGGGCGUACACGGACCGGCAAAUCGUUGGGAUCCAAAACAGUCUUGUUUGCACAGUCUAAGUUUGAAAUCGAUUUGGCGGAGCGAGCAGACUUGGUUCCAUCCAUUCUCACGGCGAAGCAUCUCGAUUUCUUUAAGGCGGAGCCUCUCACCAAGUUCAAACCAGGGGUGUUUGAUGACGGCAUGUUGCAAAAGAUGGACGCUUCGUUUUUGAAAGCCUUCCUCAACCCGUCCGAAGAAGAUGCCACCGUUUGGGCGCGGUACUCAUCAGCUCAUUUCGAACAAGGUGCCGGACGCCACGCAUGCAACAAUCCCUAUGACCGCAAAGUUGACGAAGACAUGUUCGCGAAAAUGAAGACCACGAAGCUUUGGGAAACUUCUUACAGCGACUUUGUCAAGUUGAUCAUGCCUUCAUUCACAGCAGUGGACGACGAAGAAGACUUGGACGCGAUUCUGGCCCGCACGCACCUCAUUGUCCUUACAGACAAUGGUAUUUAUCAUCGUGUAGCAUCUACGGGGAAAGGGUCAGUAGACUUCAUUGCGUGGGACACUGAGCCGAAGGACUUGCUUGCUCCCUCCCAGCAUGCAAUCUUCAAAUCGUACAAAAUGAAUCCACAAGGACAUCAGCUUCCCCCCUCCUUCCAUGAGGAUUCCGCAUGGUCGCAGGAAGCUCUCCGACGUCUAGUAAAUGGCGAACAANNNNAACUUCCACGAGGCUAUAUCGUAUACAGACCCAGGAGCAUGGUCGGCGAUGCUAGGCACCUAUGCCGUAAUUACAGUAUAACGAGAAUACGAACCUUGCUUAUUGGGGAUUAUUUCGCAAUAUACUCGUAUGCAGUUCUGCUUAUUGGGGGGUUAUUCAGAAUACAUUCCUAUGUAUCGUCGUGUAUGCAGUUCUGCUUAUUGGGGGGUUAG